AAAACGACCGGAGAAAAAACCGAUCAAGCAAAACCCCCAAUCUUCAUCAAAAUUUUCAGCAUCAGCCUCCUCAAAUUCAAAAAUUCCCCCCUCCGUAUGGAUCUCUUCCACCAUCGCAGGACUUCGAUUGCGUUUGAAGAGGUCAAACCACGGAGUAUUAGCUACUUUCCCAAACUUUCCAGCACCACAACUUCUUUGAGGAAAGGAGAAAGUCUUCGUCUACUGCCAUUGCAUCCGACCAGUCGAGUGUAUAAUACUCAUCCAUCAUGCUGUUGAUAGAACACACAAAUGUAGUUCCUUAUGAUCAGGUAAUGAUAAAUAGAAGAAUCAUGCUUUUCUUAUUAUGUAAAAUAAUUCAUUUUGCUCGACAGGUAAUAAAAUGGGGAAAUCAUUAUAUUAUACACAUUCUAUGAAACCAAAAAACAGACAACUUUGAAACUCUAUCUAACUAGCUAGUUUAGUUGUCCUUCUUCAAAAAAUAUGUCCAUGCCCAUGAUGUUACCCGGAGGUACGAAAACGACAUCAUUCCACUUGAAUGUUGAGCAAUCCUGCAAAAUAUAUAUGACAAUCAACAGUUGAUGGGCACGGAAAUGCAAUAAACGACUAGAUAUUUUUGUUAAGGCCUUCUCACCUUCAUUUCUUGUAUUAUAUCUUCGAGAGCAGCAACCUAGUUACGGGCAUAUGAAUAUACAUAUUUAUCAGGAUAUUUAGUCGAGCCAAACGUGGCCAUAGUAAUAACAACAUUAUCAGAAUUAAGAAAACCUGAACAGUGCCUCUUUGCUUUGGUGCUUUAGUCUUAGCUGAAUUACUUAUAAUAAAAUUAUCGAAAAUAUUCUGUAUUUACUGUUAUUAGCAAAUGAUUUAUUUGUUUGAUUAUAUGAAGAGUAAUGUUAUGUUGAAAUUUUUUCUUGGAUGACAUUCAUGAUUCAUACACAUUUUCUGAUUUCUGCCAAAAUUGGUUUCUGCAAGUGAUGAUUGCAAAAUCAAGGUGUGGAAUUAUAAAUUGCUUUUAUUUUAUUUUGAAAUGGUUUCUUCUGGGCAAUAUUUCAAACACUUGGUCUACAGCCGUUUAUUGCAUCCAACCAAUCGGGUGUAUGAUGCUUAUAAUCCACCAUGCUGUUGAUACAACACAUAAAUGCAGUUUCCUUUUCCCUAAUCAGGUAUUUUAUUGCAUCGUGUUUGGUAGUUUCAAAACAGGGAAAACAUUAUUAUAUGCAAUUCUAUGAUACGAGAACACAGACAACUAUGAAACUCUAUCCAACUAGCUAGAUUAAUUACUUGUCCUCCUUCUCAAACACCAUGUCCAUGAUUUUACCAGGAGCUACAAAUACGGCAUCGUUCCACUUCGAUGUUGAGCAAUCCUGCAAUAUAUAUAAUAUAUAUGUAUGUAUGAAUCGACACUUGAUAGGCACAUAAAUUCGUUAAAUGACGAAAACAUUUAAAGCUUCUCACCUUCAUUUCUUGUAUUAUAUCUUCCAGAGCUGCAACCUAAUGUGCAUAUGGGUUAGGAAUAUGUAUAUGUGUGUGUGUAUGUGUGUGUGUGUGUGUGUGUGUGUGUGUGUGUGUAUAAGAGGAAUAUAACAGUAUGUGAAUUAAAAACCUGAAUAGUGCCUCUUUGCUUUGGUGCUUUAGCAUUAGCUAGAGCCUUUUCGAGGUCCGUCUGCAUAAUUUAUAACACAACACAGAUUGAAUGUCAAUGUAUUAAUGUAGAAAUAUAUAAUAUUAAAAGAGAAUAAAGUGAAGUAUAGUUUUUGCCCUUUCUCUUACCUUCCUUAAAAAAGCAGGACGAUAUUUCUGCUCCCCCUCGCCUUUAACUAUCAAGCUGUCUGACUGAAUCAAUUUAUGAAAUCAAUUAUCAGUUUGUAUGCAUGUCUGAAAAAAAGGUAGGGAGGUGAUCUUCGUUUUUUUAAGACAUUAAUUUCUCUUCUAUAUCAGAUAUUUGAAGAUAUAAAAAAUGGGGGGAAAAACCGAGGAUCGUUUAGAAAGUAGAACCUGGAAUACUGGAACUCCAGCAAAUACCCCAUCUGAAAAACCCGCAAUAUGUUUCUUCUUUUCCUGUGCAUAUUUGAUAUGAAGAAAUAAUAGUAAAAUCUAAAAAAGAAAUACAUUAUUACUAGUAGAAGUGAUUCCACACCUGUAUGGCGUUUUUUACUUCGGAUAACUCUGGUAUCAACCUUAUGGGAGCGGGGUCUCCUUCAAAAUCGAUGACCUAUAAUUCAAAUAAGUGAAUCGAUCAAUUAUGAGAAUUGGCAAAUUGCGUAAUAUGCAUGAGUAGUCGUAAUCUUGUGUAAUGAUUCUGCAGGUGUACACACCUCUGUAAGUCGAGCAUCAAAGAUUCGAGCGUCGGGCGAGCAUUCAAUCCUCUCCUUAAAAUUGAGAGCAUCUGGCUUAUUUAAGAAGUAGAAUCCAAUCUUUCUAUCCCCAAAUUCAGAAAUACCUUUUAUAUUAUCUUGUGAAUCGUUUGACAGUUUAUAUACAGGGAUCUCAGCCAAGCGGUUCUUGAUUUCUGUGUUAGAGAGUGCGUAAUCAGCCGCACCACCACCACCGCCACCACUAAUUGGUCGACUAUUAUCUGAAGAAGAAGAAAUAGAAGCAAACCGGUUCGGCAUCGCUCGAGUAAUGUUGGAGAAGUUGGUUUGGAGGCAGUUCAAGACAUGACAAAGAGGAGGUUGCGAAGAUUGCUCUUUUGGCUUCAAGCAGGUUGGAAAGAAGUCCAAAUCAAGUACGUGCAGAAUCCCUGUGAAGCUGAUGCUCAGGAUUCAGCGGCGGAUUACAACACAGUAGAAUUCAACAGGAAGCAAGGUGGCCUUCAAACCCUUAAGGUUCCACUUGCCGAGAUUAUUGAAAUUGAAGAAGUAGGGUUCCAUAAGGCGAUGCCAUCUAUAUGCCAUUGGUUUGUGGGAGAAUUUUUACCUAUGUAUGCUCCAGAUAUUGUUAAUAGGUUUGUGGCAGAUAAGGUUGCCUAUCCACAUUUUUAUAUUAGGUUGGUCCCGGAUAAAUCUGAAGUUAAAAAUGCCCUUCAGGAAAGACAGAAAGCUGGUUUUCAUGGUGACACCUUUACUGGGGUUCCCGUCUUCCAGUCAGAUGCUUUAAAGGUGAGAGUCGAUGGAAGCCCAAAUAACCUUUCGCCUGCUUUCUUUCGAAAGGUGGAUCUAGAAAACGCCCUACGUGGCAAAAAGCAAACAAAUCACAUUGAUGAAAAAUCAGAUAUUAUUCAGGUGACUGCUCUUGAAGAUAUAAUACAAGAGAUGAAGGAUUGCUCAACGUCCAAGUGGAACAAUGUUAUCCUCGUACCUCCCGGUGGAAAAUCCUCGUAAAUUUUUAUUUACAAUUCAAUACUGGGAACAACUUAUUAUGUCUUUCUAUACUACUAUUAGUACUAUAUUUAUUUA